UGGUAAAUGUAAAACGAAGCAAAAUAUUUUCCAAGCGGUGUGAGCUUCCAUUCUGUCGAGUGAUUUAAAGGAAACAACAAAAGCUUAGAGGUAGCGAUUAUAUCGCAUACAAGCAAGUCAUCGCUGACCACUGGGUUGCAUUAGUCAUUAUGAAUACUAACUAGACCGCUGGAGGGGAGAAACUCUGCAAUCAAAGUUAUUAUUAUUAUUACUAUUAUUAUUAUUAUUUUGUUUGUUCUUCUCAGAAACUUUGUUAGCAAUUAGAGAUGAGUUCUUACUUUGUAAAUCCCUUUUAUUCAAAGUACAAGGCUGCUGAGACAAUAGGUCCAACGUACUACGACUGCCCGUUUUCACAAGAUGUUAAUAGCAGACACACCGUUAUGUAUGGCAGCAGCGCAAGUUUCCAGCACCCAACACAAGUUCAAGAAUUUUACCAUCAUGGAACCUCAGCAAUCCAGAAUGCGGGAUAUCAACCGAAUCCUUGUGGAAUUACGUGUCACGGUGACCCCAGUAAAUUUUACGGAUACGAUAAUUUACAGAGGCAGCUGCUCUUCACUACACAGCAAGAGACCGAGCUGGUACAGUAUCCUGACUGUAAAUCGUCCAGUAGUAAUACUGGCGAAGAACCAGAGCACUUAAAUCAGAACUCGUCUCCUUCUCAGAUGUUUCCCUGGAUGAGACCUCAAGCUCCUGGCAGAAGAAGAGGCAGACAAACAUACACCCGACUCCAAACUCUGGAACUCGAGAAGGAAUUUCUAUUUAACCCCUAUCUGACCAGAAAGAGGAGAAUCGAGGUCUCGCACGCUCUGGGGCUCACCGAGAGACAGGUUAAAAUAUGGUUUCAAAACCGAAGAAUGAAGUGGAAAAAAGAAAACAAUAAAGAAAAAUUUCCAUCUUCACGACCAGAAGACGGAGAUGAGGUUAAAAUGGAGCCUAGCAACUCUGCGCAGGACAAAGCAGGCAACGAGAAUGUUUGACUGAAUUUUUAAAACCUGUCUAAAAUGAGACUUUUAUUACAUGUGAAAACAGAAAAGACGAUUAAAGUGUAAGGAGACAAUCCUUGUUGGGUCUAACAGCCUAUGCCACUGUUACAAUGACUGUGUGUUUGUCAGUUAGCGUGGAAGGUAUAGGCUAUGCGAGUUUAUGUGCUCACUUUUCAAUUAUCUAUUGCCUACUUCAAACUAAAUAAUGCUGUUCGUUAAAUAAAGGGACUAUGUUUAUGAUUUGCACCCAUGCUCUUCCUAAUGAGAAACCAGAAUAAAUGAUUAGAUUUUCUAUAAAUUAACAACAUUUAAUUACCAGGAAACUGCACGUGAAAUGUUAUAUUGUGUAUGAUUGUAGGCCCUGUUGAAUAAGGCCUAUAUAUUAAUGGAAUUGAUCAAAAUUCAAGAUCUGAAUUUGUGUUACACCUCUGUCACACGAUUAAAGCUAACGGGUAUCUACAUGCUUUUUUCUAUCACUAUAACUUUGUAGACAAAAUGAUUAUUUAUAAAAAAAAUAAUAAUAAUAAUAAUUUUACAAAACAAAUGUGUGAAUGCCUUACUUAUACUUUUUUGUUUUUGAUAUUUUUAAAUUUAUAUUUAAUUAUUUCUGAAUUAUAUUUUAUCCUUAAUUUAUACUUGUAUUAGGCUAAAUACAAAUACGAUAGUAAACUGUAACAAAGUAAUUUAUAGAAAGUAACUACUUUUGCUCAGAUUUUUUUUUAAAACUUGCAAUUCUUUCCAUAAAACUGUAGCCUAAAAUAUUUAUUGUUGUGACAACAAGAAUAAUUUAGACAGUUAUAAGUUGCAUUAUACAAAAUUCAAUAGAUUAAGUAAUAAAAUACAAAAGGCUAGGCCUACAAAUUGAUUGUGAGGAAAAAAUGCAUUAAAUUAUUCUGACUGGCAUUAUAGACCUGCACAAUUCUGCUAUUGUAUAACACAUUAUGAUAUCAACAGUGAAUACUAUUUGGGUCACUAUAUUAUUCAGUUAUCUUAAAAAUUAACGAUUUCAGAUAUAAAUAAAAUGUGAAUAGAAAAAAUGUGCCGUGAAUUACUCAAGCAAGCAAAAUCAUCGCUGACCACUGGGUUGCAUUAGUCAUUAUGAAUACUAACUAGACCGCUGGAGGGGAGAAACUCUGCAAUCAUAUAUUUUUUUAUCACUAUAAGUU